AUGGGGGCAUGGCCAGAGAAGAAAGACACAGGCCGGGCUAGUGGGGGUUCUGGGCGGGAGCUCAAAGCAAAGCCCACAGAAUCCAACACCACUGCCCGCCCCAAACCCUGGCCAACAGCAGCCACGCUUUCCCCACAGGGACCUCUGCCAGCCACGCCACCCGAGACUGCGUGGGACAGGAGCAUUGUCGCCCCCCGCAGGCUUGCAGCCUGGUGGCCCCGCACAAGCUGGCUUAGAGGGAUCCGGGCAGCUCUCCAAGGACUCCAGACCACUGGUCCAGCCCUCUCCACCUUCUACUUCCUCUUCGUGAUUUUUGUGUUAUCCACCGUCUUCCACAGCCUCCGGCGCCUGUCUCUGGUGCCUGCCCCCUGGGCCUCUUCAGCCCUUGUGGUCUUAGCCCCAAGAAACCUGCCCCAGGAGGGCAUGUUCACCAUCAAUGUCAAAGGCCGCCUGGGGAAUCAGAUGGGCGAGUACGCCACGCUGUUCGCCCUGGCCAGGAUGAACGGAAGGCCCGCAUUCAUCCCUGCGGCCAUGCACAGCGCCCUGGCACCCAUCUUCAGGAUCAGCCUCCCGGUGCUGCACGGCGACACGGACCGGAGGAUCCCGUGGCAGAACUACCACCUCAACGACUGGAUGGAGGAGCGGUACCGCCACAUCCCAGGACGCUAUGUGCGCCUCACUGGCUACCCAUGCUCCUGGACCUUCUACCACCACCUGCGCCCCGAGAUCCUGCAGGAGUUCACCCUGCAUGACCAUGUGCGAGAGGAGGCCCAGGCUUUCCUGCGUGGCCUGCGGGUGAAUGGGAGCCAGCCGAGUACGUUCGUGGGUGUCCAUGUGCGCCGGGGGGACUAUGUGUAUGUCAUGCCCAAUGUGUGGAAGGGCGUGGUGGCUGACCGGGGUUACUUGGAGCAGGCCCUGGACAGGUUCCGGGCCCGUUAUCCAUCUCCAGUCUUCGUGGUCACCAGUGAUGACAUGGCCUGGUGCCGGAAGAGCAUCAGUAUCUCUCGAGGGGAUGUGGCGUUCGCUGGCAAUGGCCUUCGAGGAUCGCCUGCCAGGGACCUCGCACUGCUCACCCAGUGCAACCACACCAUCAUCACAGUGGGUACCUUUGGGGUCUGGGCUGCCUACCUCACAGGUGGGGACACUGUUUACCUGGCUAACUUUACCCAGCCCAACUCCCCUUUCCACAGGGUUUUCAAGCCACAAGCAGCCUACCUGCCCAAUUGGGUAGGCAUCGCUGCUGACUUGGGACAAGCCCAACGGAGUAACCUCUAGCCACACCUCAACCUGGGGCCCCCAAGAGGCAUUGGAGCCUUGCUGCUGCAUACAUACAUGGGAUCCAGUUCCAAUCCAGUCUCACAUUUUUCACAGCUGAGUGAUCUUGGGUCAGUGGUAUGACCUCACCGUCUUCCUGUGCACCCUGAAAAUGUGAGCACGGCCUCUGCUUACCUCAGCAGCACCAUGCACAGGUGACUUGAGUUCCUCUAUAGCCAGAGAGAGCUGGCCACCACAGGCCCAAUGUGUGCGUCAGGAAUGCUUUCCCGAGGAGGGCAGCGGCUUAGCUAGGGUUUCUGUGGCUGUGAUAAAACACUCUGACAGUAAACAGCCUGGAGAGGAAAGUGCUCAUUUCAGCUUACAGUUGCACAUCACAGGCCAUCACCGAGGGAGUCAGAACAGGAACGCAAAGGGCAGGCCCUGGAGGCAGGAGCUGAUGCAGAGACCACGGAGGCAUGCCACUUACCAGCUUGCUCCUCGUGGCUUGCUGAGCCUGCUGCCUUGUAUGACCCAGGACUCAGGGUGGCACCUUAUAUGACCCAGGUGCUCAGGCACCGCCCAGGGUGAGCUGGGCCUGCCUACAUCCAUCAGUUGAGAAAAUGCACAGGCCAGUCUGGUGAGGACAUUUUCUCAGCUGAUAGUCGGUCUUCCAGAAAGACUCAGCUUUUGUCAAAUUGACGUGAAACUAGCCAGCAGAGCCAACUUUGUGCUUCCCUUCCUGGAUCACCCACUGCAGGGUCCUGGGGGGGUUUGGUGAUUGUGGCUCCUGCCCUGGUGUUACGGGGACAUGACAUUUCUAGCAGCUGGGAACUUGGCCUUUGGGGUAGUGGCCUUUUCAGAGAAGGGAAGGGAAGUUGGGGGGCAGGUCUGAUGAAAGUGCCAGGGUGGUGGACAGCUGUGGCGGGGUAUUCCAUCACACUGUGAACCCCAAGUUUAUGUUUGCAUUUGCGUUAAUUAAAUAAAAUCAACCUUGGUUCAGGGGCAGAGUCAGCAACUAGUGGACCGGAAUUAGCCGUAGAGAAUCCAGAGACACACCAGAAGGAGAAGGGCCGGACUAGAGUUUGAUGCUUGUGUUUUGGUUUGGGACAGGUGGAGAGAUUCGUCUCCUGCUGUGUCUCUGUCCAAAAAGGAAGGUCACUGGUUGCUUCUCGGCUUCUCUGAUCUAGCAGGUUUCACCCCCA